AUGCACUCGCUAAGUUUCGUCUUAGUCUUAUUUUUUGCCAUUGGUGUUCUUGGACAAACCAGUGAUGAUAGUAAAGAGGAUGCUAAUGAUAAUGAUUUAGAAAAAGGUUAUCCAUUCGGUCAACUCCGAAUUUUAGCAGACGGAAAAACCGAAGAAUUAAUAUCACCAGAGCACACUGAAAUUGAAAAAUCAGAUAAAAAGACUGUUGUUGUACCAGACGUUCAACCAUUACCGUCUCCAUGUAUUGGCGCUCGUCCAUCAUCGAAACGUGCUUUUCCAAAAGAGAAAACAAAAUAUAUAUUCUGUCGUGAUGAAUUUCAUUACGAAAUCUUAACAUGUCCAGAUGGUGUUGAAUUUAACGGCAAAAGCAACGAAUGUGACCUUCUCGCCGAAACGCCAUCAUUAAACAGAUGCGACAUAGAAAAACCAUGCUUAAAUGAGGGUGUUUGCUCCGUUGUAUCGAAUUCUACAUUCAAAUGUACCUGCCGGUCAGACUGGACAGGUGAACGAUGUGAAACACCAGUGAACUCGUGUGUCAAAAAACCAUGUGGCCCAAAUGCUGAAUGUCGACCAUUGACAACAAAGGAUUACGAACAAGAUUACGUUUGCGUUUGCCAUACAUUGAAAGGUUAUGGUCUUACCUGUCGCGAAGGUUGGUUGUUGAAGAAGAAAAUUCUUUCAUUUUGUGUAUUGAUAAUUGUGUAUCAUUGUAUAGCUGUGCCAAAUCCAUGUUUGACAACAACUGAACAAUUCUACCCAUUUGCAUUCAGUCAACGUGCAUACAUUCAAUGUGACGGCGAAUUGAUCUAUUUUCAACCGUGUGGUCCAUUACUUUACUGGAAUCAAGAAGAGAAAAUAUGCGAUCGUAAACGACCAGCUAAAAUUGAUAUGCCAGCCUUUAUAACAGUACCACCAACUGAUGUCGUUAUCAAGGGCAAUCAAGAACAAGUCUUUGACAACACAGACACACAACAAUCGAUUCAAGUGUCGGCCACACCUCAACCCCAACGGGACAUGUCCUCGGUUCAAACUGUUAAAGUAAACAGCCCAGAUCUUUUUGGCUUCAUUCCAGCUCGAGCUGCCAAUCGAAAACAAUUAUUAGUAACCGUGGAUAGUCACAACGGAGUUUCAAUUCAAAAUUUACCUGAACUCGAACAAAAGACUCAAGAGCUUCGAAAUCAAGUAUCACAAAUGAUAAAUCCUAGCCAAGUUCGCGAAAACGUAUUCACCGGAUCCAACCAAUGGCAAAUUUCACAAAAAGAUCAAGAAUUGAGACAGUUACAAGGCAAAUUCCGAGUUGAACAAGACGGUCAACGACAACAACAACAACCACCACAAAAAUUUCAACAAAACCAACAAUCUUUUGGUACACAACAAUGGUUAAAUAAAUUACCAGAAAAUAAUGUACAAAGCUUUCAACGUGUCACUUCUCAGCCACAAGGUCAAAAUGUUCAACGCAACGAACAAGUUCAAGAUGACAGUCAAGAAUGGAAUAUGAAUGUUGCCAAGUUUCCUCAAAAUACCGUGCAAUUGCAAGGAUUUCAACAACAAAAUCCUCGUGAACAACAAACCUGGCAAAUGAGACAAGAUACCGCUCCGAUGACAGGAUCUCAAUUCGCACAAUCAUCACAGACCUUCCAAACCCGACCACAAGCACAAGGACAAGCAGAUAUUGAGAUAAGUUCACCAGCACAAAACACAAUUCGCGUGCAAGUCCUUAAAGAUAAGGAUCUUCAGAGAGAUGAACAAUCUUGGCAGCAACAAACACAUACGUUUAGUACACGGCCUCAGAAAUGGCAAAAUACGCAAUCAUUUCAAAGAGACGAACAAACCGAAACGAAUCGCCCAGAAACAAUGACAUUUGAUGGAAGCAAUCGCCUUGAAACAGGAUUUCAACAAACCGGUCAACGCUUUGUUCCACCCGGUCAAACUUGGCAAGAAAAACAGAGUUUAGGAGGUCAACAACAAUUUCAAGCUCCAAUACAAGCAACUUUUACCGCGACAGCAUCAUCAACAACAACAAUACAAACACCACAUAUCAUUCUUCCCCCACAACGUUUCUCGGAACAACAAAAGCCAUGGGAAACCAAAUUCCAAGCUCAAAAUCCACAAAUCCUUGUUGAAACUGCAGGAAAACGACAAAUGAGUCCUUCUCAACAAGAAUUUCACGGACAAGAACAAUCGUGGGAAAACCGAUUCCAAAAACAAUCACCCAGAGGCCAAACAACUCAAGUAAUCGCUUUCAAACCAACACAUUGGAAAGACACAGGAAAACAAGACACAGUAGUCCCGUCUCAAGAUCAACGACAAUUAACGACUGAAGAUUCUUUUCAAAAGCAAAAUGCUCAAUUCGCCUUCCCUCAACAACAACAACAACAAAAGAGUAUGAUGUCUCAGAAUACUUUUGAUCAAAGACAAACAUGGUCCAAUCAACAAAUGCAAAACGGUAGAGUCCUCAAACCUACUGAUCUACGCGUUCAAUCACAAACUGAACAAAUAACCGGUAGACCCAUCGAAGCGACAACACGUCCAACAAACGCAGAUCUUUUUCAAGGACAUGUUCCACAAAGUUUUCGUGGACAAGUUUUAUUUCAACCAAAUGAACAAAGUCAAUUCGGUCAACAAUCAAUGACUGAACAACGACAACAAAUGCAAAUGCAAGCAGCUCCGAGCAAAUAUGCCAGAUGA